AUGAAAUGAAAUUAAAGAAAGAUGAAAGAAGUGUAUGAAACGGCGGCGUUUAAAAAAGCAGCACCGCUAGACCUACUCUGCCCCCUUAAGAGCAAGCAGCAUGAAUUCCUUCUCCAACGUUUAACUCUUCCUCGCAAUAAUUCCUCUAUCAAUUUUUCGUGCACGAUGACCUCAGACUCCGGUUCCUCACGCAAGGCAUUGAGCAAGAUCGCGUGCAAUCGGCUGCAGAAAGAGCUGGUGGAGUGGCAGGUGAAUCCGCCUGCCGGUUUUAAGCAUAAGCCUACUGAUAAUCUUAAGAGAUGGGUAAUUGAAGUCAACGGGGCACCGGGUACGCUCUAUUCCGGCGAAACGUAUCAGCUUCAGGUUGAUUUUCCGGAGCAUUACCCUAUGGAAGCGCCGCAGGUUAUAUUUGUUCCUCCAGCGCCUCUGCAUCCUCACAUUUAUAGUAAUGGCCAUAUAUGUUUAGAUAUUUUAUAUGACUCUUGGUCCCCAGCUAUGACUGUAAGUUCAAUUUGCAUCAGCAUUCUAUCUAUGCUGUCAAGCUCCACCGCGAAGGUUUGUCCAAUUUUCAACUGUCGGUUUUUCAUCUCUGAAUCGAAAUUGUUGUUGGACAUUGAUCCCUUUGAACUUUGUUGCGCGCAGCAACGUCCAGCCGACAACGACCGCUACGUGAAGAACUGUAAGAAUGGUAGAUCUCCAAAGGAGACGAGAUGGUGGUUCCACGAUGAUAAAGUGUAAAUGCAGAUGCAGAUGUAAACCUGUAACUCAACCUCGCUCUAUCCUAUAGGUCGGAGGAUAAAACAAAAACCCCCCAAAAAUUGAAACAAAUGUUCAACUGCUCUGGAUGCCAUGCUGGCAUCAUACGUUCUGUAGCAGCUAAUGUUGGUAUAUAUUGUGUUCUCUCUCUCUCUCUCUCUCCACCCAAACUGCAUGUAAUUGUCUCAUUUGGAUUCUAUCAAACUUGCAUCAUAUUGUAACCUACUCAAAUUCUAAGUUUCACUCCUUUAUUAUUCAGUUAAUCAGACAUUUUGAGGCUAA